CUUCAAACAUAACCUCUUUUCAGAGAUUUCACUCGUGUUGUGUAUCAGUCAGUCUUGUAAACUAAUAAUUUUACUAUAGUUUUUCUAUUUUAUAAAUAUCCUUAAAAUACCAUCUUAAGAAACACAUAAUGUUACACAAAAUUGAAUUAUUUCUUGUGUUUCAAGAUUAGUUUUAACAAGCAAGGUUUUGAAGUGCUGACAUAACGGAGUUUUAGUUUGCAGACACGUGCGUAAUCUGUUAGUUUGUGUUGUAUUAUAAGUUGUGGAUAAUUUCUGUGGUAGUUGUAACCACAUAUUUUUUUCGAAAAGAUCUAAUUAAUAUUUUAUAUUGACCAUGAUAAAUACUGGCAAACCCAUUGCUAACAGACAGCCAUUAAAAGUCAAAAGUAAAAAGAAUGACAAGCAUAGCCCAGAAUACAAGCUCGGUCUCCGAAUUGAAAAGCUACUGGAACAAGGUGUGCGUUUGAAAAAGAUUGAAGAUGUUCUUAAUGUUUCGAAUAGAGGAGAUGAUAAGGUCAGUGAAAAAAUGCCGGUAAAAAAAGGAUUUGCCAGAGCAACAAACAAAAAUGUUUGUCUCGUCAAAUCCAAGUCGAAACGUCAUCGUCCACGAUUCAUCAUGAUCAAUGGGAUAAGGAAGAGAAUUUCAAAGUUGAAGAAAGCACAGGUUGAAUCCAAGGAACCUACUGUCACCAACCUUAAUUUUGAAAUUGUGAAAAAAGCUGUAGAAGCUUGUCUGAAAAAUGUGGAAGACACUCAGUCUACAGAUCAACUACUGGAUGAAGGUGUACCACUCAACCUGUUUGUCAGUUCCAUCAGAAAGCCUGUUAUGCCCAAACGAUUUGUUCGAUAUCAGCUACCUCACUCGUACCUGGAUGAUUUGGCAGAUGUGUGUCUGAUAGUUCCUGAUAAGAAGUCUUGGAAUAACAAACUUGAAGACCCAGAAAUCACCAUCAAUGAUGUGCAGGAUGUAUUGAGAAGCAACGAUGUUACCUGCGUCAAAAAGGUAAUCACAAUGGAGCAGAUAAAAACUGAGUACGCGAGGCACGAAAUAAGAAGGAAACUAUGCAACUCAUACGAUUAUUUUCUGGUUGACAACAGACUUUUGGAUGAAAUUCACUCAAAUAUGGGCACCAUUUUUCAGAGACAAAAGAAAGCCCCAGUCGCUAUCAAAAUGCAGGGCGGAAAUCUCAAGGAGAAAAUCAACAAGGCUCUUGCCAAAACUACCAUGAAGCUAUCCACUGAUCAGGACACAUUCGAUUGCCGGAUCGGACAUUCGAAACAACCAAUAGAAGAGUUGGCUGAAAAUAUUGUUGCCGUGGGCCAACAGCUCGAUACAUUCUUCCCGGGAUCUUUCAAAAAUGUUCGUUUUGUGGCAGUGAAGACAGCAAGGAGUAUAUCGUUUCCCAUCUAUUAUUCUACCAAAACCGUGAACGAAGUGGCAAGACCGAUCAUAGCUGCGAAGCGUCCCCGGCUCUACGAGGUGGCAACCGAUGAACUGUCGACCAUUGGCAAGCAAGUCAGUGUACACCCUGAUGGUACAGUCACUGUGGUUGGUGAACAGUCCAACAAGAAGCAGAAAGCCAAGAAAACUACGAAAUCGCCCGCUAAGAAAGCAGAUGCACAAGAUAAGGUUGGUGAUAAACCCGCAGAAGAAGAGGAAGCUGAUGAAGGAGAAGAAGAAGAUGGUGGAAUUGAUAGCGAUGAAGAGUUUAACAUUGAUAGCAACGAUGAAGAUUUUGAUGAUAAUGUGGAAGAGGAAGUGGAUAGUGAUAGUAACUCGCCGUUUAUUUUCGAGAAAAAGAAGAAAACCGCCAAGUCAGCAGUGAAGAACGCCGAGGACGAUUCAGAUGCAUCAGGCACAGACAGUGAUGAGAGUGACACUGAAGAUGAGGAUUUCUCGCGGAAAACGGAGGAGGCCUAUCUGCAGUCACUGGGCGGAGAUGAGGACAGUGACGAUGAAGAACAAGAGGAAGAAAAGAAGGAGAAGGAGGUGAAAGAGGUGGCGAAGAAGGAUAAGCAAGUGAAAGAACAGAAGAAACGAAAGUCGACUGAAAAUGUGGUUACUAAAGCUCCUAAGAAGUUCAAACCCAGCGCUCCUGCUAAUCCACCCACGCCGUCUAAAAUUAACAAUAAAGCCACAAAUCAAAAACCGAACAGCAGUCGAAGCAAUAAACAGAAAUCGAAGGCUGUAAAGAGGAAAACUUUCGAUACGUCUCUUGGAGAAACUUUGUCUAUCAAGAAGAAAUGUGAUUUACCUGAGAGUGAGAAGGUGGCGCCGAGGAAGCGAAAUAGAAAUACUAAACUAAGUAAAUCGCAGAAGAAAGGGAACAUGAAGAUGAAGAAGGCUAAGCAGAAUAAGGCUUAAACUAAAAGUAUAUUUUAUAAAAUGUUGUACCAACAAGACCCCGUAGCAUAAGAUCAAUUUGAUUAAUGAUUGUCAUUUCCAGUUUAUAAUCAUGUAAAUGGUUAUUGUUGAGUUGUAUUUGAUUUUUAAUUUUUCAUUUAUAUUCAAAGGCCUGGUUGCACAAAAGCCUGUUGAAUUUUAAUCAAGAUUAACUGCCACAAGAACCAAACAGAGAAGGCUUCUCUGAUUGGUUGUCAUAGCAUUUUAUCACGGUUAAAAUCUAACAGGCUUUUGAUAACCAGGCAAAAGAGUUCUAUGUACAAAGAGCUUUGUACUUUUUAUAAAUGUUUUAUCAAGAAACUAUAAUCAUUGCUCCAAAUAUCUAUUGAUAUCAAUAUUAUUACAGUAACUCUUCUUAGAAUAUUAACCUGAAUAGACCCUACUGUGCAUGAUGGAUUAGAUAAGAUGUGUCUCCUAUUUUGUAAUUAAUGAUUCUCAUUUCAUUCUAUUUUUUGAAAAUAUUGUUCUCUUUGAAAAGACCUGACCUGCUUCUGUUUAUAUAUCUGUAACCAAGCUUGUAGUAUUUAUAAGCGAGAGUAAAUACAGACUGUUCUACGAAAAA